GGUGCCGCGCAGGGCACUGUGUCCAGCUGUGGGCAUCACAACUCCGGCUCCAGAAACUCAGGUUUUCGAGCUGCUCUCAACCCCGGACACCGAGGCCCCCGGGCCGGAGAGUGGAGCCCUGGGGUCGCCCGAAGAGCGGGGCCCAGAGCCCCCGGGGUCAGACAGCGAAGUCCCUGGGCGUGUCGCAGGGCAGGUAACCUAGGGCUCCAGGACAGGGGGCGAGGUACCCGUGUCCUCUGCACGGACGCGGAGACCCCCAAGCAAGAUAGCUAAGUGCUCGAGCCAUUAGCCGGGCAGGACGCAGAGCUCACGCGGCCGUGCCCACCAGAGAGCUUUAAGACUCCUGGGUCAGGCAGAGGCGACUCCGAGCCAUUCGGAGCGCGAAGCACCGGGGUCCCGGGAAGUGUCCCGCUCAGGAUCCCUAGACUUCCUCCUCCGGAUCAGACCUAGAAGCCCCUUAGCAGCGUUUUUCUCUGCUCCUUGAGACCCUCCCAACAGUCCCAGAAUAGCCGCUCAUGGAGACGCCCAUCGAGCGCGAAAUCCGCCGCAGCUGCGAACGCGAGGAGAGUCUGCGCCGGAGCCGGGGCCUGAGCCCAGGUCGCGCGGGCCGUGAACUCGUCGAGCUGCGUUUGAGGCCGGUGCUCAGCCUGCCAGGUCCGGGCCCCGCGCUCCCGCGUGCGUUGGAGCGCGCGCGGGCGGGCGCGCAGAUGCAGCGAGACAUCGAGCGGGAGGCCCACCGGCAGGCGGCGCUGGCGCGCCCCGCGACCCCGGAGCCGAGCGCCCGGCCGCCUCCGCAGCCGCUGGGCGAGCUCAAGCGCUUCUUCGAGGCAGCUGGUGGGUGCGGCUUCUCACCGGCGUCUGAGGGCGGCGCGGGGCCUCAGCGGCUACUGGAGCAUGGAAGCCGGCCGCGUUCGGCCGUGCAGGGCCGAUUUCCCGUGCUGGCCCGCGCCCCGCCUCCCAUCGCGCCGUCGCUGCUGGAGCUGGAAGUGCGCGAGGCGCAGGAGCGCGAGCGGGAACUGCAGCGCCAGAGACUUAGUGUCUAUGGCACCGCGGAAAUCAAGGAGCCCGCGCCGAGCCUAAUGGCGAUCAGGGGCGAUGGAAAGCUGGCAGUGAUCUGGCCUCCCCGCAGAAAGGCUUCGGAGAACGGCCUGGAGCAGGAGGAACGGAAGCCUUGAGGUUAGAGCGGGCUGGGAUCCCCGGCCGGAAGUAACAUGGCCCGGCAGAGGACGGGGCGCCCAGCAGUGCCCUCCGGAAAAGCAGGAGUCCUGGAGAGGGGCCGGAGGUCUGCGCCGGGGAAGAUGAACUCUACCAGCCCGUCCUUAACUUUGCUUUGUGAAAUUGACCAGUUUCUCUAUAAAACUGUUAUUCCCCACCCAGCCAGUGAAACUGUCCAGCCCUUCUCCACCUAACUGCAAACCAAGCUAGCCUCUCCCUCCGGCAUUGACUGUCAGAGGACCGGGGUCACCGCCUCAGCUGUCCCCACUCCCCAAUAAAGUCUGUCUUCUUU